AUGUGUAGUGUUUCACUCUACAUACACCGUGUAGCACUCCAAAGUCGGAGUGAACAACAUGUGGUGACACAUUCACUCCUAGUUUGGAGUGUUUCACUCUACAUACACCGUGUAGCACUCCAAAGUCGGAGUGAACAACAUGUGGUGACACAUUCACUCCUAGUUUGGAGUGUUUCACUCUACAUACACCGUGUAGCACUCCAAAGUCGGAGUGAACAACAUGUGGUGACACAUUCACUCCUAGUUUGGAGUGUUUCACUCUACAUACACCGUGUAGCACUCCAAAGUCGGAGUGAACAACAUGUGGUGACACAUUCACUCCUAGUUUGGAGUGCUACACAAAGUAUGGGGAGUGAUUCACACCAUAAUCAAUCUGUAACCCCCGCCACAUUUGGAGUCAUCAAACCAUGUAUACACAAUUGGCACAAACACACUUUUGGAGGUCUUCACCUCAUCUAUGGAGUGUUUCACUCCCAAUUCAACAUGUAUCCUUUCCAAAUCCAAAUAGGAUUGCAAAGCUUCAAUGGUCAACUGAGUCAUUACAAAGUACCUGGUUAA